AGGUAACUGGAAACACUGUACUUACAAUUUGUGGAAAGACUAAAAAGGUUAGAAUGAAGUCAGAACUAUCAUGCCGUGAUGAUAAUAUGAUCGACUUGGUUUUUGUUGAUGGAAAAAAUUCAACAAAUGGUAUUGCUGAACGUAUUUCGUUGGUUGACGCACGAGAUAGUAAUAGUAAACAAAUUAGGAGAAUAGGUGAAUCUUCUAAGAGAAGCAACGAAAGUGAGAUUACACGUGAAGAUGAGCAUGAUCAUAGUGUAGAACAUGUAGAACAAAAUAUCUUAACGAGUAGUAAUAACGAUAUCAGAGAUGAGAGAUCAUGCCUAAGAGGAGUUAAGGAAACAAAUGAAAAUUGUAUUUUUAGAGAUCUUAACGCGAGGAAAUCAGUGUAUGACGUUAGUGAAACGAGCACGACGUUAUAUGAUGAUAGUGAUGAUUCUACUAUAUGUGAAGAUCCCGAUGAACUCGAGGAUGAUGAGAUAUUAGGAAAACUUGAAACUCAAAGUAAUACAAGUGUUAAUUAUACAUGUCAUACAAGUGAUUGCAAGCACGUUACAGAUGUGCCUUAUCAUGAUCAAUCUGAAUCUGACACUGAAAGUCACGUUAUUGAUGCUGUUGAUGAAAGUCACGUGAUUGAUGCUGUUGAUGAAAAUCACUUCGUACCAGUAAAAAACAGUGGAGUUCUUACGGAUAAGAAAAUUUUUGUUUGCGCUUAUCCCGGAUGCAAUAAAAGUUAUACAUAUUUAAAAAGUUUUGUGAUUCAUCAACAAGCACACAAUGGAAAGAAGCCAUAUGUGUGUGACGAACCUGGAUGCGGCAGAGGUUUUAAUACCCUGAACAGUUUGAAGAGUCAUGCGCGUGUGCAUCGUGGAGAAAAACCAUUCAAGUGCGAUUAUGCUAAUUGCAAGAUGAGAUUUACUCAUUUGAGAGGUAUGGCAUGUCACAAGAAACGUAAACAUUCCGAGAUAACGGAGGAAGUACCGAAAGCUAAGCGGCGUAAAACGAAAUAA